AUGCGCGCAUAUCAGGUGGUAACAGAGGCGAACAUUGCGGACACCAUUUCCACUUACGUCAAGCACCAGUCUAUGACCGUAACAGAAGAGCAACUGACAAAAACACUAAUACGCAUGAGUUGUCCCGGAAGAAACAAUGAUUACAUAAAUAUCGUUAUCGACUUCUCUUCCCGAUCGAUAUGCAACACCCACCAAGCAGGAGACGGAGAACCCAUUGAGGGACCACGGUGUGUUCAUGGCCCGGAAGCGUGGCUAGAGGGAUUGAGACAGAAAGGAUGGACACUUGCUACCAUACUCAUCAUCCUGCUUGCCGCUCACAGAUGCGACACAACAGCAUCCCUACUAGGUCAAGGUGACAACCAAGUGAUCGUGCUUAGAAUUCCUUCUCAACGAUAUGUUCAAGAGCGAAAGUUACCACCAGACGAGUAUACUAAACAGUUUCUCAGAGUGCUUGAGGACAUCUGCACGGCGUCCGGGAUAGUGAUCAAGGUACCUGAAUCAUGGAGGUCCAGGAGGUUAUUGGAGUACGGCCGACGCUACUAUUUGGAUGGUGUUUAA